UAGAAUGCGUGAAACUAACGGAUUGCGAAAAAACAGAAGCGAUGGAUAAAUUUAUAUCAAGGAAGGAAUACGCCCUUCAACCGAUCCAUUUUGCCGCAGACUUACUAAACCCUCGGUCUGUUGGUGCAAAUUUAUCAUCAGCCGAAAGGAUUGAAGCGAUGAAAUACAUUACUACUAUGUCAACCACGACCACGAUAGAGAUUGGUGAUGAAGGAGUGUCAAAGAUUACUGAGGAUUUAGGAAACUAUUUAGCUAAAACAGACUUUUUUGGCGAAACAUUUUUAUGGAACAUACUCGAUAAUGUCUCUUUGGUUACAUGGUGGAAAGGAUUUUGUGGACAUUCAUGCCUCUCCAAAGUUGCAGUCAGGAUAUUGACAAUGCCGUGCACUUCUGCGGCAACAGAGAGAAGCUUUAGCUCCCAGAGCAGCAUUCAUACGAAGAGAAGAAAUCGCCUAACAACUCAAAGGGCAGCAAAUUUAAAUUAUAUACAAUAUAAUUCAAAAUUGCUGAAACGUUCACGACAACAUCACAUACAAAGUCAAUAUCCUAUAGAAGAGACUGUACAGAACAACGUUUCGAUAGAAGGUAGAAACUUACAGAAGGAGAUAGAAGUAAUUGAAAACCAUAUUUCCGAAGAGGAAGAAUUAGACGAGGUAAUUUUAAAUUUAGGCAUUUUUUAGAUAUGUGAUAUGUGCAUGUGAUAUAUGCAGUUUGCUUCUUUUCCGAUUUUCCAAUGCAUUCCACCGUUUUCGAAUAAAAAAUUAUAAAUCUUAUGUUUUCAGACAAUAUCAUCAUGGCAUUCAAAUACAACAGGAAAUGGAAAUUCCGACGAUGAUUUUAAUUUUGCUGACUUUGCAAUGACCGAUGAUGAAAUUGAUCAAAGAAUGGAAACUAGGGAACAGAGACCAGCACGCAUUUUGAGACAAAGCAAAGUGAACAUUUUAGAAAACGUCUUAAUGAAAUCGGGUAAAGGCACAGAACAACCCCAAAAAAAAACGGAAGUCGAGAAGGAUACUUCAGAUGCCGAAAACAAGGAUGCAGUUCUGGAUUUGCCGGAGAUAAAAAAAAUUACACAAGGCUCAUUGGAAGAGCAAACAAUUGAAACUUCGACGUUUUAUAACAAGAAGGUCUCCAGUUGUCUGCGAAAAAGGAAGUUGUGAUUUAUAAAAGCCGCUUAAAACAAAACUAAAGAACCUAUGUUUUCAUUUCUUUAUUAUUUGUAUGUAUUUCUUAUCCACUUUUCUUUAUUUCAUAAGUAUGUAGUUACUUUGUGUUUAUUAUAUUCAAUAUGAAUGCAAACAAUUGAUUUUUUAAUACAAUGAACAUAAAUUACAUAAGUUACAUAAAUUACAUCUGGUUUGUAAUUUUUGGGUAAUUUUACACGUGUAACUUACAAUUUCUGAAAUUACACGUAAUUUCACAUCGCUACCCUUGGACCAAAAUGGAUGGUUGACAUAUGGAUGGAUGAGUCUUUUCCUGAACUUUAAGGUGGGAUUUGGCCCAAUUUUCAAUUCAGUCAGAUUUAGAAAAUCGAAAACUUCGUGUAUAUAAUGUCGCGUGUAGGGGCGUUGUGCGCCAAUGGCGAGAACUGCCGUUCUCUUGUGAUACUUUUCAACUAAAGUUUUAAGGCACUGCAGAUGAUCAUUUGU